UCCGUCUUCCUCUAUCCAUUUUCUUCUCUGCUUCCUCUUCCUCCCUCUCCUAGUUAGUCCCCCAUCCACCAUCCUCCUUCCCCAUCUUCCGCUGGCAGCUCGACGCGGGCGUCGGAGAUGCAGGCGGCCGUCGCCGUCAGCCAGACAUCCUUCCUCGCCCGUCCCCUCCGGCGGCUCCCGAGGCCCUACCACGCCGACGGCGCGGGAGAUGGUGCGUCCAGAUGGGGAGGUGCGUCCCUCACGCAACUGAGGAGGGCCCGGUGCUUCGCGAGCCUCUCCGUCGGAGCCGGCAACUACGGCAGUGAGCAUGGCCCGGUAUUUCCAAUACUCAAAACAUGGGAUCCCUACAAGCUUCUUGGUGUCGAUCACGAUGCAUCUGAAGAAGAGAUCAAUAGUGCAAGAAAUUUCCUUCUUCAACAAUAUGCUGGGUAUGAAGAAAGCGAAGAGGCUAUUGAAGGUGCUUAUGAUAAGAUAAUGAUGAAAAGCUACUCACUCCGUAAGAGGUCCAAAAUCAACUUGAAAAGCAAACUAAGAAAGCAAGUGGAAGAAUCCCCAUCAUGGGUUAAGACACUGCUUGGUUACUUUGAGGUGCCAUCGAUGGAUGUUUUGUCAAGAAGAUUAGCUCUUUUUGCCUUUAUUGCUGGCUGGAGCAUUGCAACUUCUGCUGAGACUGGACCUACUUUCCAGCUUGCACUGUCACUCGCCUCAUGCAUAUACUUCCUGAAUGACAAGAUGAAAAACCUUGCCAGGGCAUCUGCUAUGGGGUUUGGAGUCUUUGUUUGUGGCUGGAUAGCAGGUUCUCUGCUCGUUCCAGUGAUCCCUUCUUUUGUUGUCCCACUAACUUGGUCCCUGGAGCUCCUUACUUCGCUGGUUGUGUAUGCAUUUCUGUUCUUCGGUUGCACUUUCCUCAAGUGAAAUCUCGGUCAUGGUAUUCCAACUGGAAACUGUUGUUGUUUCGGCAAAACUUCUCCUACUGACGUGAUCUCAAGUCUCAACCGAAGUUGGAAAUUCCGGAUGAGCAAAACAGCCUUACUUCGCCUUUUUGAUCCCAGAGUAUAUGAUAUGAUUGUCCCCAUCCCUUUAGUUUUUGUUAGAGUAGUGAUCAGUAUUCUACACGCAGCAUGCCACUUUUAUGUUACUCCCUUCGUCCCAUCAAAUUUGUCCCAAAAUGGAUAUAUCUAUUCCUAUGUAAUAUUUUGACAAGAACGAUGUUGUCCCAAAAUGGAUAUAUCUAUUCCUAUAUAAUAUUUCGACAAGAAUGAUGGAACGGAGGGAGUACUAUACCACUGUUCAGUGGCAUGCUACUGUAUGUACAUGACUCGUACAGUUGCAAAUGUGCAAUCAAUCUUUGUUCUACCAA